AUGAAGGCUUCCCUCAGAACACACCUCACUAUCCUUGCCGAAAGCGCCUCCAUCUACCCUUCUCGUUCCGCCAUUCGACAACCUGUCGUCGAUGACAGCACGAAACAAAUCCUCCACUGGCGAUCGAUCACUUACAGCGAGCUCCAUUCCGAUGUCGAGUCAUUCGCUAGGUACUGGGCGCGAACCUUAGCUGCUCAAGGACUUCCGCGACGCUCCGUCGUAGGCCUAUGGCUCGGCGGUUUGACUUAUGUCGACUUAUUGCAUAUCUAUGGCAUGACGCGCGCGGGAUAUGUUCCUCAGCUGUUUUCCCUCAAGCUUUCCAACCCUGACGUGAUCUACGAGCUCCUUCACAAGGCUAACGCCAAGACUCUGAUUUACGACGCAUCGUAUACACCCGACCUCUCGAGUUGUCCUAUCCCUGUCCAUUCCGCAAUAGAUGUUCGCGCAGCCGGCCCGCAAACCGCACCAUUACCCUCUAUGUCUGAUAUCUCAAAAGUAAAGGGCUCCGAUAUCGUCUUCAUCUAUCACACAUCUGGAUCAACAUCGGGGUGCCCUAAGCUCAUACCCUGCAGCUAUUCGUGGCUUCACACGAUGAUAACAAAAGCGGGACAAGUUAGCAAGCCCAUUAAACUCACAAAGCAAGAUGUUACAGUAUACAUGGGAAGCGUGUGUCACAUCGGCCAGACGUUCAUGUUCCUGGGAUCCUUACAACAUGGCUCGUGCACUGUUCAACCUACCCGCAUCGACUUCAGCUCAGACGAGCUCCUUGACAUAAUUGCUCGCUGCGGUCUCAACCGGCUUAACCAGUUCCCUUCAUUCCUUGGCAUCCACAUGCGUAAUUCACGCCAGGACUCUAAGCUCCUUGCGCAACUCUGUGCUCUUGAUGAAAUAUUCUAUUCUGGACAGCCCUUGCCCCGCGAGGACGAGGAAUGGAUGUACAAAAACAACAUGAAUGUGACGAACACAUUCGCGAACACUGAAUGCGGCGUGAUGCUCGUGUCGAAGCGGGGUGGAGGACGCCCUGACCCUCCCGUUCAUCCAUUGGAAGGAGCCAAGUACGGCUUCUUCCCCGUCUCUGACUCCUCCAACUUUCAGAACGUUAACGGGCAGCUCCUCGAGCUCGUGAUUCUCGCCGACUCUCCCGACUGCCCCGACCGCUCGCUCCGUGCCCCUGACGGCCACUAUCACACGGGAGACCUUUUCCUCGAGGUUGCAUCAGGCGCAUACGUGAGCCGCGGGCGAAACGAUGAUUGGAUCAAAAGCUCGACGGCGCUCCGCUGUGACACGCGCGCGAUCGAGGACAACGUCCGUGCGACGUGCGGCGAUCUCAUCACGCAAUGCGUCGUUGUCGGAAACGGACGGCCAUCCCCAGCACUCUUCGUGGAGACGAGCAGCUCAAUGCCUGAGGACCGGCUGAAGCGCGAGAUCAUUCGUCGCACGAGACACUUCCACGCGCGGCGGUACCUUCAUGAGCGAAUCACGUCUACAAAGAUGGUCGUCAUUGUACCGAGAAAUGCCCUCCCCUGCACAGCGACAAAGGGCAACGUUCGCCGUCGUGCUGUGGAGGAGAUGUUCAAAGCGGAACUUGACCAGAUUUUCUCUUCAUAA